AUGUCGGAUAAAAUCCUAAAGACGGUUAAAAAAAUAAUGCAGGAAAUGGCUCUUCCAGCUGAAAAAACCCCACAAAAAGUUACCAUUGUGGGGGCGGGUGCUGUUGGAAUGGCAUGCGCCUACAGUAUGUUGCAACAGGGAGUGUGCACUGAACUUUGCCUAGUGGACACGGUUGAAAACAAGGUUAAAGGAGAGAUGAUGGAUCUGCAGCAUGGUCAGGCGUUUACUGGACGAUGCAUUAUUCAGGCAGAUACAAGUGAGCUGAUUUUCUGGCCACGGUAUGACUAUCGCCAUAAAAAAUGA